AUGAAGUGGAAAGAAGAAGACAUCUGCUUGGAGCCAAUACCUCCGACUCCUGCCACAGACAGCACUGUCAUCUCCUUAUCGGAAGUCGAGAAGAACAUCCUCGAGCAACAGAUCCGUGUCCCCGUCUCUAAGCCGGGGUUCUUUGGCAUCUAUCGCUAUGCCAGCCGAUGGGAUAUUGUCUUCCUGCUGGGAAGCUCGCUCGCUUCCAUCAUCGGGGGCGCUGCUCUACCGCUAUUCACGGUUCUCUUUGGCAGCCUCACAUCGACCUUCCAGGACAUCGGCGCCGGGCGCAUCACGUACGAUCACUUCCACCAGGAGCUCAACAAAUACGUGGUCUACUUCAUCUACCUGGCCGCCGCCGAGUUCGUAACCAUCUACAUCGCUACUGUUGGCUUCAUCUACACAGGCGACCAUGUAGUCCAGCGCAUCCGCGUGGAAUACCUGCGUGCGAUUCUCCGCCAGAACAUUGCAUUCUUUGACAGUCUUGGAGCUGGCGAGAUCACAACUCGGAUCACCGCCGACACGAACUUGAUCCAGGACGGGAUCUCCGAGAAGGUCGGCCUAGCGUUGACGGGGCUCUCGACCUUCGUCACUGCGUUUGUUAUCGCAUAUAUCAAAUAUUGGAAGCUCGCGUUGAUAUGCAGCGCCACGCUGAUCGCGUUACUUCUCAUCAUGGGCGGCGGGUCCGUCUUCAUGAUGAUCUACAGCAAGCGCGCGCUGGAAUGUCAAGGCCGGUCCGGUAGCUUCGCGGAGGACAUCCUGGAUUCGGUCCGGACAGUGGUCGCCUUUGAUGCUCAGAACGUGCUGGCUGCCAAGUACGAGGAGCAGCUGAAAGAGUCCGAGGCCCCGGCCCGGAAAUCGCAGAUCACCUUCGCUAUCAUGGUCGGCGCCAUGCUGGGCGUCAUGUACCUAAACUAUGGGAUGGGUUUCUGGAUGGGAUCGCGCUUCCUCGUCGACGCCCGGGAGCACGUCAAGGUCGGCGAUGUUCUGACCAUUCUCAUGUCCAUCAUGCUGGGCUCCUACAACCUGGGAAAUGUUGCCCCCAAUGCCCAGGCGCUGUCCAAUGCCGUGGCGGCCGCCUCCAAGCUCUACAGUACAAUCGACCGGGCAUCGCCGCUGGAUGCCUCCUCCGAGAGCGGCAAGGUCCUCGCCCACGUCAAGGGGAAUAUUGUCCUGCAGAAUGUGCGGCAUGUAUAUCCUUCGCGACCGGAGGUCAUUGUUACAAAUGACCUAAGCGUCUAUAUCCCUGCAGGAAAGACCACCGCAUUUGUCGGGCCCUCGGGGUCCGGCAAGAGCACGGUUAUCGGGCUGCUGGAGCGGUUUUACAACCCCGUCGCCGGCCACAUCUCGAUCGACGGUCACGAUCUCUAUACCUUGAAUCUGCGGUGGGUGCGACAGCAGAUCUCCUUGGUCUCGCAGGAGCCAAGACUUUUCGCCACAACGAUUUACGAGAAUAUUCGCUUCGGGCUGAUUGGAUCUGAGUACGAAAACGAGCCUGAAGCCAGUAUUACCCGGCGCAUUCAUGACGCGGCAAGAAUGGCCAACGCACAUGACUUCAUCAUGGCGUUACCGAAGAAGUAUGACACGAAUAUCGGUGGUUUCUCGCUGUCAGGAGGCCAGAAGCAGCGGAUUGCGAUUGCGCGGGCCGUGGUGAGCGACCCGAAGAUCUUGUUGCUAGAUGAAGCAACCUCGGCGCUGGACGCCAAGUCUGAAGAGAUUGUCCAGGCGGCGUUGGACAACGCCUCCAAGGGACGGACGACGAUUGCCAUUGCGCAUCGUCUAGCGACCAUCAAGGAGGCUCACAAUAUUGUUGUCCUGGUCCAUGGACACAUUGUGGAGCAAGGGUCGCAUUUCGAGCUUAUGGGCCGAGAAGGUGUCUACUAUGACAUGGUCCAGGCGCAGCAGAUCAAGCAAAGGGAAGCUGCUAAGCGACAUGAGUCGAUGACCUUUUUUUUCGACGAGGACUACAUUGGAGGCGGAUGUGCAAUGGACGAUGAAGACGAUUUCAGCGACGAUGCCUCGGACAUUGUGCUGAAGACGGGUACGAAAAGACAUAGACGUAGGACCAGGAUGUCUAUGUUCAUUCCACCAUUACCCUUCAAGCACAAGGAAGAUCUGUCGCUCUGGGCGUUAUUCAAGUUCCUCGCCUCAUUCAACCGGCCGGAGUGGCCGAUCAUGAUUCUGGGUCUUUGUGCAUCGACCCUGGCGGGUGGUAUUCAGCCAUCCCAAGCGGUAUUGUUUGCCAAAGCCGUUAACACUCUAAGCUUACCACCACUCGAGUACCAUAAAUUGCGCCAUGAUGCCAACUUCUGGUGCUUAAUGUUCCUCAUGAUGGGGCUGGUGACGUUGGUCAUCUAUGCCACUCAAGGCACACUGUUUGCCUAUAGCUCCGAGAAACUCAUCUUUCGAGCCCGAAGCCAGGCAUUCCGAGUCAUGCUCAAUAAAGAGAUCUCCUUCUUUGACAAAGAGGAGAAUACGACAGGCGCUUUGACAUCCACGCUGGGUGCCGAAACCAAGCAGCUGGCUGGAAUAAGCGGUGUCACUCUUGGGACCUUUCUCAUUGUUACUGUCAACCUCUCAGCUUCCCUGGUCGUGGCUCUGGUCAUGGGCUGGAAGCUAGCUUUGGUGUGUAUUUCAGCCGUACCAGUCCUAUUGAUGUGCGGCUUCCUUCGCGUGUGGAUGUUGGACCGUUUCCAGCGCCGCGCGAAAGCGGCAUAUCAACAGUCUGCAAGUUCAGCCUGCGAGGCUGCCUCUGCCAUCCGGACCGUUGCUUCUCUGACGAUGGAGAAGCAGGUUGUCACUUCCUACGAGAAGCAAGUUCGGGCUCAGCUGAAGGAAGACAUCCUACCGAUUUUUAAGUCCUCCGCUCUCUAUGCCAGUUCCCAGGCGUUACCGUUCUUGUGUAUGGCUCUAGGCUUCUGGUAUGGCGGAACUCUUCUCGGGCAUGGAGAGUACACACUCUUCCAAUUUUAUGUUUGCUUCAGUGAAGUCAUCUUCGGCGCCCAGGCGGCGGGGACCAUAUUCUCCAACGCACCGGAUAUGGGCAAGGCAAAACAUGCGGCUGCGGAGUUCAAGAAGUUGUUCAGCAACCGAUCGACUUAUAAGCACGCUGGAUGUAAAGCAAUUCAUGUGUCCUCGAUGCAGGGCUCGGUGGAGUUCCGGGACGUGUCAUUCCGGUACCCUACCCGACUAGAGCAGCCCGUGCUACGACAUGUCAGCCUCACGAUCAAACCAGGACAGAACAUUGCACUGGUUGGGUCAAGUGGCAGCGGGAAAAGCACGAUAAUCUCCUUGCUAGAACGGUUUUACGAACCGGUGUUGGGUGAAGUGUACGUCGACGGACGGGACAUUGCAACGCUCGAAAAGAAGUCCUAUCGUAGCCACCUUGCUCUCGUCAGUCAGGAGCCUGCUCUAUUCCAAGGCACGAUCCGCGAAAACAUUCUGCUGGGAUGCACGCACAACGAAGCGGUUGCGGAGGACACAUUAGUACAAGCUUGCAGAGACGCGAACAUCUAUGACUUCAUCAUGUCACUACCACAAGGCUUCAAUACACUCGUGGGCAGUAAAGGCGGCAUGCUCUCGGGUGGACAGAAGCAGCGAAUCGCCAUUGCUCGGGCGCUGAUUCGGAACCCUCGCAUCCUUCUGCUCGACGAAGCCACGUCGGCGUUAGACUCAGAGUCGGAAAAAGUGGUUCAGGCUGCUUUGGAUGCAGCGGCAAAGGGUCGCACAACGAUUGCAGUUGCCCAUCGCCUGAGUACUAUUCAGCGAGCGGACAUGAUCUAUUUCCUUGAGCAAGGAGAGAUCGUCGAGUGGGGCACGCACAAGGAGCUGCUGCGUCGGCGCGGAAAAUACUAUGAAAUGGUCAACUUGCAGAACUUGGGCUAA